CAUAUAUAUACAUGUAUAUAUAUAUAUAUGUAUAUGUAUAUAUAUAUAUACAUACAUAACAAAUUCAGUUUCACGAGUUCUCGACACAAGCCUAUAAGAGUAAUUACCGCGCAAACAAAGGGGGGAAUCACAGGAUGGCAUCAUCCAUGGUAGCUGUUCCUUCUGGAACAGCAUCGGUCCCAGCUGGAACUGGUAUCACUCAGAGUGAAGAUGUUGAGAAUGGGAAUGUAUUUAGUGAACGAAACAUAAAUGCCGUUACUGGCUGCAAUGAGGCUUCUAAUCCUGGAGAUGCCCUGGAAGAGAUCAAUUGUGGCACUGGUGUGGCCGAUGAUCAAGAAUGUGCUAUUUGUAUGAGCAAACUUUGUUCUCCACGAGUGCUUUCUUGUCUUCAUGUGUUCUGCGAAGCUUGUUUGGACAAGCUUCUGAUGGAUGAAGCAGGCGACUCAAAGGUCAGCUCCGUGUUAAUCUGUCCUCUUUGUCAACAAGAAACUUCCAUUAGUUCUAAGGGUGCCGCGUCACUGACGUGUGACUAUGUUUUAACUAAUAUACUUGACAUGUCUGCGAUUGAGAACAUGGCUGUACUCUGUACCUCGUGUAAAGCCAAAGAGAGCGCGGUUGCACGUUGUUCGGACUGUGCCAACUUCUUGUGUCCGCAUUGUAAUACCGCGCACCAAUUUAUGCGUUGUUUUGAAAGUCACAAGGUGGUGGCUUUCGUUUUAUUACUUAAACUUUACUUGAUUGUUACGUUAUAGUAUAAUUUGUUAAAUAUAAAGUAUAUUUCAUUGUUUGUGUGUCAGGAACCAAUAUGCAACGAGUGUUUACUUGUUGAGCACAAAGCUCCAGAGCAUCAGUAUGAACGAUUAAUGGAUGCAGAACCACGUCAAAAGGAGGAAUUAAUAAAAUUGAUGAAUGAGAGCAAAGCAAGAAUUGCAGAUUGUGACCAAGUAUCUGCCCAGUUAGGAAAUGCACUUAGUGAGCUACAAGCACAACAUGAUCAAGCUAAAGAUCUGAUUGUCGAGACAUUUCAGAGUUAUAAAGCUGUUUUAGAAAAGUGUAGAGACAAUGCUUUGGUUGAACUUGAAAAGUUACAUUCUGAUAGAGAGCUAAAAAUAAUGGACACAUUUCACAGUGUUGAAAAGACUGUGGAGAAGAUAGAAGAUGCUUGUCGUUUUACCUCUAGACUGCUCGAGCACGGUGACGCUGUGGAGAUCCUUGCACUUCGUCGUAUCGUUGGAACGCAACUAAUGAAUUUAAUAAAAAACACACCAAAGCCAAAUGUUUCUUUUUCUAUACAGUUCCAAACUGACUACAAUCAGUUUGAGAAAGCAAUGAAGGAAGUAUUUGGUAAAUUUCAUACUGAGAGCACACCAGUGACAAAGUCUACUCCGGAACCAAUUACAACCGUGCCAGGGGUUUCUACGAAUCAGCAGGUUCAUACUUCGAUGGGCUGCCCACGUUCAAUUAGCACAAGGUCUCCCAUUUCUCAUCCUACAUCACUGCAAUCCUCAUUCGAAGGUGAACCACCUUUUGUUAUACCUCCAACGUCCAGUCCUCAGAAUAUUCCACCUCCCCCACCUCCUGUAUCUCUUCCACCAGGUCCUAUCCAUGGGCUGACCAGUAUUCAAGAGUACAAUCUACAGCAAUUGGCGAGUUUAGCUGAAAAGGUUGAGAUGGUUGGAGACACGAACGUAGUUGGGCCUAGUUCGAACCCCAGCCCAACAUCACCCUUCACUUUGGCAGAUUUGUUUGCUGGUGAUCUGAGCUCUACCAGUCAUGCGAUCAAUAACUUACAAGCACUGGCAAAAUUAGGAAACACGCUUGGCAAUCAAGAUCUUGGAAAUGCGACAAUUAAUGGAGGUAGUGGUCUAGUACUAGGCAGAGGACCUUCGCCAGCCAUCGUCGAUACACCAAAUCUGAGUCUUGCUGCUAAUAGUCUCUUAAAUGGAGGCUUCCAAUCGUUAUCCUCCUCUACCUCGCCAAUACUUUCACAGGGUGCUGAUGAUUUAAGAGGAGACUCUAUACCCAGCAUGCCUGUAGUGGUUGGGAACACUGUUGGUAAUGUGACCGGUUCCGGAUCCGGAAAUUACGCUCACCCACGUUCAAACAACACUAAACUAACUCCCAUGCACAUUAGGUAUAAAUUUGGACAAUUAGGUCCCAGUAAAGGUCAAUUCAGCUCACCCCAUGGAUUUUGUUUAAGUGCUGAUGAGGACAUUAUUGUUGCUGACACAAACAAUCACAGAAUUCAGAUAUUCGAUAAGACUGGUAUUUUCAAAUUCCAAUUUGGUGUUCCUGGUAAGGAGGAAGGACAGUUGUGGUUCCCCAGGAAAGUAGCUGUGAUGAGGAACAGCGGAAAAUUUGUGGUCUGUGACCGGGGAAAUGAACGGUCCAGGAUGCAGAUAUUCACAAAAAGCGGUCACUUUAUUAAGAAAAUAGCAAUUCGAUACAUCGACAUCGUAGCUGGCCUAGCUGUGACUAGCGAGGGCUACAUUUUGGCUGUUGAUAGCGUGUCACCGACGGUAUUUGUGAUCAGCGAUACGGGAGACCUGUUGAGGUGGUUCGAUUGCAGCGAAUAUAUGAGGGAACCAAGUGAUAUUGCAAUUAGUGGUAAGGAAUAUUUUGUUUGUGACUUUAAGGGACACUGCGUAGUAGUGUUCAAUGAGGAUGGCAAGUUUUUGCGUCGCAUUGGCUGUGACAAUGUAACAAACUUCCCAAACGGGAUCGAUAUUAGCGAUGCAGGCGAUAUAUUAAUAGGGGAUUCGCACGGUAAUCGGUUUCACGUAGCCGUUUUCUCAAGAGAUGGUUCCUUGAUCUCCGAGUUCGAAUGUCCAUAUGUUAAGGUCUCCCGGUGUUGUGGCUUGAAAAUAACCUCAGAGGGGUAUAUCGUGACUUUGGCUAAAAAUAAUCACCACGUCCUCGUGUUGAACACUCUUUACAUAUCAUGAAGCGAGGAAGCAGACCAAAUAAGUACGUCGUAACUUUCUUCAACGAGUGUAGACGUUCUUUUGUCGCGUAAGAAUCACUCUGCUCUCAACGAAAGACGAAUCAAUCUAAAUAAAUAAAAAAAAAAAAGAAAAAAAAAUAGAAAAAAAAAAGAAAGACAUGCCCGUGGCACAUCGAGUUCUUUGAGAUUUGGGCCUAUCGAAGCAAUAGAAGGAAAAAAAAAAGAAACAAAUAAAUAAAUAAACGAGUGCAGCAUGCAGCUUUAAAUAGUCUGUAUAAACAGAGUGAAAAGAAAGCAAAGAUGAAAAACAAAUACAAGUUUUAAAUGCGUCCCUGUUUUAUGAAAGUAACAAGUUCGAAAGAAGAAGAAGAAGAAGAAGAAGAAGAAGAAGAAAAAGGUAAACGUACGUCUCCGACCAAAAAACAGUAUAAAUAGUAAUUUAGCCAGUUGCAUUUGGUAAACUGCCAAGAUAAAUUAAAAAAACAAGAGGAAGAACGAAGAAACGGAAAUGAACAAAAGGAAGAAUUAUAGACCUGGAUUGAAACACUACGAAUAAUGGCGCGGGAGGAGGGAGAGGAACACGUAAAAAGCGAAGAGAGGGGGAAGGAACUUGCAAAACAAUAGCUUUCCGUCACAAUCGGUCGUAUCAUCUUCGACGUUCGUCAGUAUUUUAGGUAUGUUUACAAAUCAAAUUAUUCUAGUCUCUA